GCCUGAGCAUUCUUCACGUGAGAGAAAGCGGCGAGAUUCUUUCGGCAUGUUUGACGGGUAUGAUAGCUGUAGCGACGAUACGAGUAGCAGCUCGAGUUCAGACGAGAGUGAAGAGGAGGUUGCUCCACUGCAGUCGAGCCUCCCCAUCAUCAAAAACAAUGGCCAAGUUUACACGUAUCCGGAUGGUAAAUCUGGCAUGGGUAAGUACUGCCAUUUUAAAUGAUGUGUACUAUGGAUUCCAACAUUGAUUUAUUCCCAAAACAAACUUUCCAUAAAGUCCAAAAAAAAGUAAAAAAGAAAUGUUGUAAGCUGGGAAGGGAGAAACUAUGCCAUCAACAAUAGGCUACCUCGAUUACAUGAAGGGCUUAGGUUUUUAGUUGCAAAUCCAAACAAAAAAGAAAAAGAAAUGGUUGCACAAACACGCACACAAUAAUUCCUGCAUUUCCUGGUGUGAGUGUGUGUUGCUGCAAGGUUGCUUUAUCCUCCUCUGUGGUAAAAUGCUUACGCAGUCAACAGGGAAUAUUUUAAUUUAGUGGACUGAGUACAUCCAUGAGUAUGGGACACUAGAAAUUAAUAGUUUUUUGACAAAUGAUGUUCCUCGCACAUUGAUCACACUUGUUUUGCAAUAGUGCACUUUCCCAAAUACCUUUUUAUUGGGGAAAAUGAUGACCAGUGGGAUGUACCUGAAUGAAAAAGAAAUACUUGUAUCUAGAUGUGGGAUGCUCAUGCACGUUUGGGGUAGCUUUCAGGUAACAUAACCAGGAAUGAUUUGUAUUUGGAUCUGUGAUAUUGACACAAAAGUUUGACCUUUUCAUUCUUAGCAACAUGCGAGAUGUGUGGAAUGGUCGGCGUCCGAGAUGCCUUUUAUUCCAAGACAAAAAGGUUCUGCAGUGUUUCAUGCUCCCGAAGUUAUUCCUCCAACUCCAAAAAGGCAAGCAUUCUGGCAAGACUUCAGGUAAUCGGUUGUAAAUGGGAUAUGAAAAGAUUCUAGUCUAAAGUGCACCUGUCGUGGUUAACAUGAAUUGGUGUCACUUUACAGAAAACAACAUUUCAACAAACUUAAAAAAAUAAAAUGUAUAUACAUGCAAGGAAGUAUAGCAUGCCGCUGUCCUUUCAGAACAUAUUGUAUUAGGGGGAAGCGAUCUUCAGGUAAAUAUAGAAAUAAUCUACGUAUUUGCUGGUGAUUUUAAUCAAGGCAAUAUGUAGACUUAAACUAUACCUACCUAAAGCAGAGUUUUUCAUCUACUUGACUUAUUGAUAUCACCUUCCAUUUAACAAACCUACAAGUGACGUAGCCACUUUGAGUAUUUUAUAGUACUAAUAUAUGGACUCUUCGUUGACUUUAAAGGUAACCAUUUCAGAGCCAAUCUGAUUCGAUUAACACUUUCAAAAAAUAUCUAAAUUUUCUUUCUUUUUUUUCUUUUUUAUUCACUAUAUAACUGUCACAUCUGUGAAUUAGUGGCAUAGCAGGACCUACCUUAUUUACGAAUUCCAAAAUCUGACCGUCUGUCUUUAUUAUUGUUGACAUUUUUAACUUCUUAAAAAUGUUAACAUUCAGGAUGUCCAUAAAUUUCAAGAAGCUUUAACCCCUAAAGGACACAUGACAUGUGUGACAUGUCAUGAUUCCCUUUUAUUCCAGAAGUUUGGUCCUUAAGGGGUUAAAGGCAAGAUAAAGUGUAGAGGAAAAUUUUGCAGCAACAUUUUGAAAAGUACAUGAAAUGUUUUUACAGAAUCCCAUAACUGUAAUGUUGCUUUUACCCUUAUCUAAUUGUAAUGGUUAAAGCCUACUUUUUUUUUGGUUUUCAUUUCACAAGGCUUAUUUGGUUCAGCUCAGUUAGCAUAGUUUACCAAUUACAAUUUAUUGUAAAAAAUAUAUAGAACAAUAAGACCUGCUGGGUUAGGAUUAGAAGAAAACAAAUGUUUUUGAAAUCAUUGUUUUUAUUUACAUUUCACCCCUCUAAUCCUAGGGUAAACCACCAACAAAAAGAGCAAAGGUUCUACAAAAACAACCCUUGGUUGCGAAAUUGGCAGCUUACGCUCAGUAUCAGGCAACACUGAAAAACCAAGCGUUAAACAAAAGUGGUAAGACUCAAUAUAUUUAGAUAACACUCGUCCCCAAAAAUGUUGUAAUCAAUAAUUACUGUUAUAUUCCCAGGGUAGCAAAAAGCCACAAAAAUUAGGGUCUCGUGUCCUUUCCCUUAUUUGGGUGCCAAAGACUACUGCCUGUUUUCCAGGUUUGCCUGCCAUUGGCAUCUGAUAUACCAAAUUGUUUAGGUACACCUAGUGAGGGCUGACAACUUCUGGCCUAGAACAAGUUCAAAUUAAUGGCAUUUUUAUCCCCGCACAACAGUUUCUCAGUUCUCAGUGUGAAGUUAUGCUUCAGAAAACAGCAGAACGUCACAUUUUUGUUAUUCAAAACUACAAAUUUAAAUAUAGAGAAAAAAAUCGUCAAUGUAUUUAAAGGGACACUGAGGUAUAAAUCGGUAUGGCUAUAAGGAAGUGUGGAAUCUCUGCCGUAACCACACCUCCAGGGGGGGCGGGACUGUGGGAAGCGAGGGUCCCUCAUUCACUGUUAACCAUGGAAUGGAGGGACAGUGAGUGUCCGGGAACUAAAGGCACUAUAACCAAUUCAUUGAGUUGAAAUAGUUAUAGUUCAUUCAGUGUCCUUUUAAGUUAGGUUGGUGUACAGAGUAUCCCUUUAAAGCGUUUUUUGUUACCCCACAAACUUCGUCAAAUUUCAACCCAGUCAAUAGAUAUGAGUUUAAAGUAUGUAUUUUUCCUGUGCUUGACAAAAGGCAGAGCUACCACUGUCAAGCCUAGGCCUCUGUCUCUGGAGGAUCCUACAGUGUCGCGGGAUCCUCCAUUGACUUCAAUGUACAGUGCCGAUGUCACUUCCUGGCAGAUGAAGAGGAAUUCGUUGAACAAGAUGGCAGUGACUGUGAGGGAUAGAAACGCCCUAGGGACAGGUUCAGGUAAGUAAAAACUACCCUUUCCUCCACCCCCAGGCCACCACACUGGAAACGGAGCCAUCUCCAACUGGGGUCUUUGCAAAGUCUGCAAAGACCCCAGAAGGUGACUGAGCCACUUUAAGUCGUGUUCCAUGGUGUAUAGAUGUGCUGCCAGUUUUACUAGUACAACAUAUAGAGUAAAGUAACUCUGAUGGCAUUCUAAAGUGAAUCACCAUUCAAAUUGCAGAAUGCCAUUUCCUUCAUAUAUAUUUUUUCUUGCUUUGACAGCUGUCACAGUUGAAGGAUUUAGCUGGGGAAGCUACAUCACUAGCAAUAACCUACCUGCAGCUCCUGUCUCUUGCUUCAAACAUGUAAGUCGUCUUAGAUCAAUGUUGACUUGUCAUUUAAAAUAGCCCACUGAUUUCUUAUUCCAAAUCAAAACAUUUUUUAUGAUGGAGAUGCUAGUUAUUGUGAAGCAUGGUUAUUAGGGUAGGUGGUUUUAGACAUUUUAUUCAUGCCUUGAUUCCUUGCCAGGCACCCAUGGGAAAUUGUUGGGGUGACAUUGCAGAAGGUGUUCGAGUCGAAGUUCCAAACACAGACCACAAUCAUCCACAAAAAGUGUUUUGGAUAGCCGGAAUUGUGAAAUUAGCAGGUUGGUGAUUGCUCUAUAGAUGCCGUGUUGUUUUUGCUUCGCAUUUGUUGUAAAUCGCCAGAAUUUGCAACUUCUAUAGUGAGCUCUGCAGAGAGAAACUCAUAUAGCCAAUUAUAGCACUCAUUUAACUUUCCAUACCAGUGCUUAUCUUUUCUCAUAAUUCUUUCUUCUGUAGGUAUUGGGAGGAAAGGAUAAAGGAAUGAGCUUGUAGAACAAAACUACUUAUUUAAAAAAUAAAUAUAUAUGUAUGUAUUUUCUAUUGUAUCUGUAUUGAUUAUUUAGUUUCAUUUUAUGUAUGUGUGUUCAGAGAAAAGGCAUUGUUUUUAUUGCAGCCAAGGACAGGCAUAUGCAACAUUCGGCACUCCAGAUGUUUUGGACUACACCUCCCAUGAUGCUUUGCCAGCUUUAUGGGUGUAAGAGCAUUAUGUGGGAUGUAGUCAACAACAUCUGGAGUGCCAAAGGUUGCCUAUCCCAGGCCUAGGAACACAUCUAGCAGCCACUAGAGGUGCUUCCUGGGGCAGUGCUACAGUGUGCGGCACUGAUGUUCAGCAUCUCCACACUCUGCACUGAGACGCUUAACUUUCCCCAUAGAGAUGCAUUGAUUCAAUGCAUCUCCUUAAGUAGAUGCUGAUUGGCCAGGGUAGCGUUUGGCUCCAUCCACCAUCCCGCUUCCUUGGCUGAGAUCUUCAGAUUUGACAAUCUCAGCCAAUCCAAUCCUUUCACAUUUGUAAUUGGCUGAGAUUAUUAUUUCUGAUGAGGUCAGCCAAGUAUGCUGAUCAGGGGCAGAGCCAGUGCCUUAUUUUAAAAUUGACCUUAAUCCAAUUUCCUCAUAUUACGAUGUACCAAUCUCUUAACUUUUUUUCAAUAAAAAGUAAACUAAAAAGUAACGGAAUUGACCAACUAGUAAUUAGCCCGCCCCCUUGAUUUUUUUUGAACCAUAAAUAAUUUAAACCAAAAAAAAGGGGGUCUUCAUGCUAACACUGGGGGAUUUUACUCUGCAAUGUCUAGUCCUAGCAAACUGAAAACAAGUUGGCAUUAUUCUGAGAGGUGUAAACAAAGUUUCCCAAUUAGCAACUCUUAAAAUUCUUGGCAGAAACUUGAAUAGCAGAAGAUGUAACAUUUAUGACUAUGAUUGACAGGGAAUCAAGAUAAUGCAGUUAUUUCCAAGAUAGCUGUGUGGAUUUCUGCACCUCUAACCUCGCAAACACUUAUUUGUUAAAGGAACAUUCAAAGCCACGCAACCUCUGCCGAGUAUUGCAGUGGUUAUGGUGUUUAAAGUUAGGAUGUAAGUAAACCGAAUAUGAGAAAUAAGUGACAAUCCGCCUUUCAACUCUGUAUUUGCAGGAUACAACGCUCUGCUUAGAUAUGAGGGCUUUGAAAACGAUUCCAGCCUGGAUUUCUGGUGUAACAUUUGUGGUCCUGAUGUCCAUCCGGUGGGCUGGUGCGCAAGCAGUGGAAAACCAUUAGUCCCACCACAGAGUAUGUGACUAAUUUUUUUUUAUUUUUUUUUUACUCUCUAACAUUUUUCUCCCCUUAUUUGUAGCGUUUGCUUUCUAAAUAUAGCACACAGUGGCCUCAUUCCCAUGCCGGUGUCAUCAUUUAGUGACAAGUCAGUAAUUGUAAAAAAAAAAGCUGUUUACACAUUUUUUAUGACUGUUAAUUAGCAGCUGGUGAAGGUUUGAACAUCUCCAUAGAGAUUAAUAAAAGUUGCUAAAGAUUAAAACGUGGUUUUCAUGUUAGAAGGUAAAAAUUCUCACCUGUCACUAUCUGAUUAAACGGCCUCUUAUAGUAUUUCAUAUAUUAAAAUACAUUAAUUCUAUACUAAAAUACAUUAAAGGGACUGUCACACCAAAACCACUUCUGCUGUUUGCAAUAAGCAUGACAUUUUAUCUAUACAUUGUGCUAGCAGUGUUGCUAGAAAACGUAUAAUUGGGAGAAAAAACCUUUUUAAAAAUAGGUUUCUCUCUUGCCUUACUAGACUCUAUGCCAAAGACUUGAUUGACAGGAAGAACAGAACGGACCUCCCACAGGUGGUCCUUCUGCUCUCCAUCCAUAGGAACCACCGUGAUUGAGCUAUGGUUGCUAUGGCAACUCCAUAGCUGGUCCUGCAUCAAAGUCAGUGUGUCCGCUUCAUGGAGCUGUAUUUCAUUUUCUUACCUGGGAAUGCUAUGUGGUGGUUUGUAUCAGUGGAGAUGGCUAUGAGUAACCUGCUGCCAUUAAAUGAAAGAGCUUCUUAGCACGCGUUCAUUACUCCCAAACAGUGCAGCAAAUGGAAAACCUGCCGUAUUUUUUAAUAGUUUAACUCUGUGGUUAACUUAUUGUGCAAGUUUAGUUACUUGUGUUUUGGGGUCCUCCUCUUCUGCAAUUGCCAAAACACUGCUUCCUGUAGCGAGGCGGUGUUUUCGUACGCAUUUUGUACCAUGAUGUGACAUCUUUAAUGUACUCACCACUUUGCUACAUUUUUGGGUGAAUUUUAUAUUAAUUUUACUCUAGAUAGUUAUGGUUUUAUUAAAAAAGGGUUAGGGGUUAUUGCACAGAUUAGUAGCUACUAAACAAUAAUUAUUGGUAUUUGUGAGCGGUAUUUACAUAAAUACUGCCUUUUACAUACUGCCAUGGAAACGAGCAUAGUAUGGAGAGAAUAGCAGAAAUAAAGGAGGGGAGGGACAGCUUGAAUGUGCCUAGUGUCUAACUUUAUCUACGUGCCCUUUGUACUGCUUAGAGAGAUCAGAGGUCACAAAAUUUGAAUGUAAAACCUUCGUGACUAUGGUAACACGUUUAGUAAAAAAUAAACAAAUAUCCUGAUAAGAAAACGCAUUAAACAUACGCAUACAAGUGACCAAUUAUUCCUGGAAUCUUAAACCACCCAUACGGUGGUUCUCUCUCCUCCCCUCCAUGCCCAACUAUUAAAGACUCUCUUAUCUCUAUUAGAAAUUUUUUUAAAUGAUCAUAGGAACAAGUCAGGGAAGUUGGUUAGCUAAAUGAAACCCAGUACAUCUAAUUGCUGUUGACAUUACCCUAGGAGCUUUAAAAAAAUAAAACAACUUAAAGAAACAGAUUUUUUGUUUUUUGUAAAACUGAAAUGGGGGAGACUUUGCCUUGUUGCAUAGGAUAGACUCUAAGAUGACUUAUUAGAUUCUUCAGUCCUGUGUAUUUAACACUAAAUACACAUCAAGUGUUUGUUUUCAUCACCGUCCUGUCAUUAACAGGUUAAUAUUUUAGAGAAAUGGGAAAAUUAUGGCGUAAAGGGGUGCUUUUAUUUAUUUUUAAUUUGUCAAUUACUAGUUUCUGGUGUGCUGCUGUAGCUACAGGUGUGUCAAGGUGCAGAUGGAUCUGUAGAUAGUGCUAUAACUAGGGAUCGACCGAUUAUCGGUCUGGCCGAUAUUAUCGGCCGAUAUUUGGUAUUUUCGGCAAUAUCGGUAUCGGCCAAUUCAGAUACCGAUAUUGCCGAUAAUAUAUAACAGGACCGCCGGGCCCAUUACAAGCCCGGCGGUCCUGUGGGGGCCAGCAGCAAGCGCUGACUUACCUUGCAUGCAGCUCCUACAGCUCUCUGUGUAAAUCUCGCGAGACCCGCGGCCGCAGAGCGUUGCCACGGGUUACCAUGGCAACGCUCCGCGCGGCACUAAGAGCCGCGAGAUUUACACAGGGAGCUGUAGGAGCUGCUUGCAAGGUAAGUCAGCGCUUGCUGCUGCUGAGCCACCACUGUACUUAACAAGCCACUGGACCACCAGGGAAUACUAUAUCCCCCUCCCUGGUAAGAAGCAGGGAGGGGGGACUAAACAAAAAAUAAAAAAAACAUUUCAAUAUUAAAAAAAAUAUAUUAAAAUAAAAAAUUACACAAAUUACAUCACUACACACACACACUGCACACAUACUGCAUUACAUACACACUACACAAACACACACUACACAAACACACACUGGGGGGAGACUAAACAAAAAAAAACAUUUAAAUAUUAUAAAAAAUAUUAAAAUUAAAAAUUACACAAAUUACAUCACUACACAAACACACACACACACACUACACAAACACACACUGCACACAUACUGCAUUACAUACACACACACUGCAUUACAUACACACUACACAGGCACACACACUGCAUUACAUACACACACUACACAGACACACUACACACACACCACAAACACACACUGCACACAUACUGCAUUACAGACACACACUGCACACACUACACUGCACACACACUGCAUUACAUACACACACUGCAUUACAUACACACUACACACACAGUACACAUACUGCAUUACAUACACACUACACAGACACACACACUGCAUUACAUACAUACACACUACACAAACACACACACUGCAUUACAUACACACAAAAACACACUGCAUUAUACACACACUACAUAAACACACUGCAUUAUAUACACACUACACACACUGCAUUAUAUACACACACUCUGCAUCCACUACACACACACACUACACAAACAAACACAGUUCCCCUGUCUAAACACACUUCAUCCACUACAUGUGGCAUGUAUAUUUUGUGCAUUUACCUUUCGAAUUAGUUUAUUUAUUCAAAAUAGUAAAUGUACAGAAUAUCGGCAAGAUAUCGGCUAUCGGCCUGAAAGUUCGCAGAUUAUCGGUAUCGGUAUCGGCUCUAAAAAAUCAAUAUCGGUCGAUCCCUAGCUAUAACUGUCUGCAUUAAUCAUUCAGAUCACACUCCACCGUCCAGCGAUGUAUUGAUAAACCAGUAAGGCUUGAUUUAACGCUUGCGCCAGCUUUAGAUCAAUCAGUGCAGUUAAAGAACCAAUCUCUAAACACUACACAAGAUUGCUAAAUGAUCUCUUGUAAAUAGCUGUUUGACUUAUUAUGACACAGUGCUAUCUGCACUCUGCUUGUUAGAGUAGACUUUCCGGGUUAAAGGUAUUUUCACGUGUUUCCUGUUAAAAUUGUAGGGAUGAGAGGAGAGCCUGCAAAGCACUACAUGGUCACUCUAUUAGUAUUUUAAUGCUGGCACUUAAGGGGUUGAUAGCAGUGGUCCUCUACAAAAAUAACAUGUAUUUGAUUAUAUUGGGAAUUAUCCAUUUAAAUUAAUUUAUAGAAGUGUUAAAUGUAUUGUCUGUUAUUUCUUUUCUCCAAUUGCUCAGCAAUUCAGCACAAAUACACAAAUUGGAAAGCCUUUUUGGUUAAAAGACUAACGGGUGCCAAGACGCUGCCUCCUGACUUUUCUCAAAAGGUAAAUAUUUCAGAUAUACAGUAUUUUGCUUUAGGGUGAUUUUCUGUAUGUGUUUUAUCUUCAUUUAAUUGUGGAUGUUUUCUGCCCUUUACUAGGUGUCUGACAGUAUGCAAUAUCCUUUUAAACCUUCGAUGAGGGUAGAAGUUGUGGACAAAACGCAUCUUUGCCGGACACGGGUCGCAAUAGUAGACAGCGUGAUCGGAGGGAGGUUACGCCUGGUCUAUGAAGAAAGUGAAGACAAAACUGAUGAUUUUUGGUGCCAUAUGUACAGUCCUCUGAUUCAUCAUAUUGGAUGGUCUCGAAGUAUUGGGCAUCGAUUUAAGAGAACAGGUAUCUAUUACUCAGAAGGGCACAUCCAAAGCCAGGGCAAGAAACCUUGUUUAAUUUCUCCUCCGCUCUGUAUGCUUUUUAUAUUCUGACUGCCAUGUGCCGAGGACAGAGCUUAUAACAGUGAUUGUCAGGGACCAAAGAUGGACACUCCCGCUGCAGAAUGGAGAGAUGUUGAUUUCUACAUCAAAUUGUAUUAAUCAUACCUUAGAAAUGCAAAUUGUUCUUAAUUAUAGUUCUAAGUAAACAGAAUAUGUAAUAUUCUGGGGAGUGACAGUAGCCCUUUAAAUCUUUGUAUAAUUUUGAUCUAGGAAUACAUCCGUUAUCUCUUCUUUCCCAUCAGUGUUAUUGAACUUAAUUGUGAUCCAUGUGGAAUGACCGCAUGGGGAUUGACCAGGAAACAUAGCUUCCUAAUUGUAGUGCUCAAAGCUCUUACAACAUGAUUACAGACUCUUGUUUUGCAUGUUCUAUUUCCUGCUUCUAGACAUUUUGAAAAAACAGGAAUCGCACUAUGAUGCCCCCCCACAUCUAUUCACGAAGGUAAACACGUGGGUUUUAUUGUUCAUGUGAAAUGAUUAGUUUUGCUGUCUUCAGCGUUCAUUUCUGUUAUUUACCAAUAUUUGAUGGAAUGCAAUGUUUUAGGUGAAAGACGUUGACCAGGGUUUGGAGUGGUUCAAAGAAGGGAUGAAACUGGAAGCGAUUGAUCCCUUAAACUUAUCGGCAAUAUGUGUAGCAACUAUCAGAAAGGUAAUUCCAUGAUCUUAUUUACCAAUACAACACCUUCGGCACUCCAGAUGCAUUAUGGGAGAUGUAGUCCACAACAUCUGGAGUGCUGAAGGUUUGGAAUUUUUUUUAUUAUUUUUUUUAUUUUAUUUUUUAAUCCAACUAUUUUAGCCAAAAAUGUGCUGACCAACUACAGUUUAGUGAACAAUCCUGUGGGGUUUAUUCACUCAACACUGAAAAGAGCUGUAGAGAGCUGACCAACAAUUUGCAAACGGAUGAUUUGGACAAAUUCUCUACCUCCGUUCUAGUUAUGGUUUGAAUAUUCCAGCCUCAAUUUUAUAGCUUGGAAUAUAUUUUACUACAUUUCAAGGUUUAAUGCAUAAACACCUGUGUCUUCUGAAGGAGUUUGUCAAAGUCGGGAAAUGUUCCUAUUCUAAAUUAAUGAAAAGAUUGAACUACAUCUAGAAGUCAUGUAAGGCUUUAAUUUGCUGAAUAAUAAAGAAUAAAAUCCAAUUUCAAUUGUCACAUUUCCUCUUUAACAGUAUAGAUAAGCAUUUCUGCCACCUAUCCAUAUGCCUAAUCUUUGUACCGUUUUUACAAGAAAUUCGAUUUCACUGAACUUUUUGUGCCUUUUUUUUUUUUAAAUUCUGCAACCUCUAGAACAAGCACAUCAUUACACUUACAGCCAGUAAUUCAGGAUUGGAAGCCACUUGUAGAAUGUUUCACUAUUUUACAUUUUGUAUUUUUGGAAUGUGAGGGAACUGUUCCAAGAUUUGUUCUCUCUGAAAGUGUCCUCCUGUAUAACGAACAUUUGAUUUGAGAGAAUAAUUCACCAUGUGUCUGUUCCGUGUUCACCCUGUGUCUAUUCCGUGUUCAAGGUUCUGGCUGAAGGAUUCCUAAUGAUUGGGAUCGACGGCUCUGAAGCAGCUGAUGGUUCGGACUGGUUUUGUUACCACGCGUUGUCUCCAUCAAUAUUCCCUGUUGGUUUCUGUGAAAUUAACAAGAUUGAAUUAACGCCGCCACGAGGUAAAUGAUAUUCCAGACUAUACUAUCUACUGAUAGCUCAGUGAGUGCACCUUCUCUGUCUCCAAGAAUAUUUCUUUUUAUUUGAUUUAUUUUGCUGUGUAUUUAUUUUUUGCCAGGGGAAAUCAGACAUACUUGCAGGUUUUUUUUUUGUAAACUACUCCUCGGAGCAGAAAAUUUGGAAUCCACUGGUUAUAGUUUUUAUUACUAGGUACAGACAGGGUGGUUAACAUGUGGAAUCCACUGCCAGAUGAGGUUUCUCUGGCAGGUCCACUCAAUAUUUAAAUACAAAUAUUAAUGCUUUACCAUCAAAUCUAGCCAGUGUUAAGCAAUUUAUCUGGAGCUCUCCAUGGCACCUAUAGACAAUCCCCUAGGAUGCCGCGAUGAUGCAGAAUUUACUCUUUCAUAUUCUCAGUAUUGGUUCUGUUGACGUGGACCGCAGUGAUACACUGAGAGUCACUCGGGGCAGUCCCAAUCAGUUUGACAAAAGAAACCAGUGAAAGAAGUCCUUAGGAUAUUUGUUCCAUACCCACACACUGUUUGUUUGUGGUGAGCCCUUCUUUCUACCUAGUUAACUGUUUGUUUUGCUUUUCUAAGAUAUUAUAGGGGAUCCAGCAUAGUAAGGAUCGUUUGAUCAGAUUUCUAAGCAUAUGUCUUUAAUUUAUGGAAAUCUAGAGUGUUUUACCCUUUAGUUGUUAUCCAUUAUAUUCUUAGGACUGUUUAUUUAUUUUUCCCCUGUGCUUGUUUCUCACAAGGAGAAAAACUGAAUGACACAAUAAAAUCAUUUGUCCAUAUGUAAUAAAAUGAAGCAUUCUGUGCACUAUAAUUACAUAGUUACAUAGUUACAUAGCUGAAAAGAGACUUGCGUCCAUCAAGUUCAGCCUACCUCACAUUUGUUUUUUGCUGUUGAUCCAAAAGAAGGCAAAAAAAACAAGUUUGAAGCACAAUUUUGCAACAAGCUAGGAAAAAAAUUCCUUCUUGACCCCAGAAUGGCAGUCAGAUUUAUCCUUGGAUCAAGCAGUUAUUACCCUACAUUGAAGAUUAUAUCCUUGAAUAUUCUGUUCUUGCAAGUAUGCAUCUAGUAGCCGUUUGAACAUCUGUAUGGACUCUGAUAAAACCACUUCCUCAGGCAGAGAAUUCCACAUCCUGAUUGUUCUUACGGUAAAAAAACCUUUCCUUUGCCUUAGACGAAAUCUUCUUUCUUCCAGUCUAAACUCAUGUCCUCGUGUCCUAUGUAAAGUCCGGUUUGUGAAUAGAUUUCCACACAAUGGUUUGUAUUGGCCCCGAAUAUAUUUGUAUAAUGUUAUCAUAUCCCCUCUCAGGCGACGUUUUUCUAAACUAAAUAGGUUUAAAUUUGUUAACCUUUCUUCAUAGCUGAUAUGUUCCAUUCCUUUUAUUAAUUUUGUAGCCCAGCCUCUGCACUUUUUCUAGUGCCAUAAUAUCCUUCUUUAGAACAGGUGCCCAAAAUUGCACAGCAUAUUCAAUAUGUGGUCUUACCAGUGAUUUAUAAAGAGGCAAAAUGAUAUUCUCGUCCCGAGAAUGAAUGCCCUUUUUCAUGCAUGGCAAUACCUUACUGGCCUUGGCCACUGCUGAUUGACAUUGCACAUUGUUGCAUAGUUUGUUGUCUAUAACAAUUCCCAAGUCCUUUUCGUGUGUUGUUAUCCCUAAUUCGCUUCCAUUAAGGGUAUACGUUGCUUGUGUAUUCUUUACGCCGAAGUGCAUAACUUUGCAUUUUUCAACAUUAAAUUUCAUCUGCCAUUUGAGUGCCCAGUCCCCAGUCUAUCUAAAUCCCUCUGCAGCAAAGUAAUAUCUUGCUCACAUUGUAUUGUUUUACAAAGUUUGGUGUCAUCUGCAAACACUGAAACAUGACUUUCAAUGCAGUCUUCAAGAUCAUUUAUAAACAUGUUAAAUAGAAGGGGUCCCAGAACAGACCCCUGAGGGACACCACUUGCCACCUCUGUCCAGCUUGAAAAUUUACCAUUAAUGACCACUCUUUGUACUCUGUUUUUAAGCCAAUGUUCUACCCAAGAACAAGCAUUUUCAUCUAGACCGAUUUCCUUGAGUUUGAACACUAAUCUAUUGUGUGGAACUGUAUCAAAUGCCUUGGCAAAAUCCAAAUAGAUCACAUCUACGACAACACCCUGAUCUAUACUUCUACUUACUUCUUCGUAGAACGCAAUCAAGUUAGUUUGACAUGACCUGUGCUUCAUAAAACCAUGCUGAUUUUUGCUGAUAACCUUGUUCUUCUCAAGGAAUUCUUGAAUAUUAUCCCUUAAUAACCUUUCAAAUAUUUUACCAGCCACAGAAGUUAAGCUCACAGGUCUAUAAUUUCCAGGCAAGGAUUUUGAACCCUUUUUGAAUAUAGGAACCACAAUUGCAGCUGAUUAUUGUAGUGUGUGUGUUGUGAAAUGGCUCUAUGAGUGCAGUCUCCCUCUUUUUGUGGAUUUGUGUUGGUGUUUUUAUUUAUUCAUUUAUUUCCCUUCUUUUAAAUUAUAUGAGCAUCUGAAGAAGGAACAGGUAACUGCUUGAAAACCGUUCAGGGUGGGAAAACCGUGUGAUGGCAUUCAUAGACUUUUUUUUUUCAGCUGGACAUGGUCAUUUGGGUACAAUCACAUGUUGCGGUUUCAUGAGUUCUUCCAACUUUGUAUGGCUUCUCAAAUAACUACAAAAGUUUCUAAGGCAUAUUUUUGAUUGGAUGGUGUGAUCAAGAAAAGGGCAUUGACUUUGAAAUCAGGCAUAGCAAAAUACGAGCUCCUGAGGCAUAUUAAGGAAAAAUACAUUCUAAAGUCAGAAUUUAGAUUCCCUACGUUAUUAAUAGCGCUUAUUUUGACAUUUCUAAUGUACUGUGCUGCUGAGGUCUGAUUAAAGGAAAUAUAUUCUCUAGAAGGAAUUCUUAUUUAUUGUUUUUUAUGCUGUCACUCUUUAAAACGAAAAGCAAGAGACGUAUUUGUUAAGGAUGCAAAAUGUGUCCAGUAAUUGUUUUCUUGGUUUGCCGGUAUGACCUGAAUUGUUAGAUCUGCAUAUUUUAUGUUUUAGAAUCCUGUAAACACGCAUGUGGAUUUUGGCAUCCCCAUUAGUGUUCCGUGCCACUUUUUUUUUUUUUUUUUUUUUUCCUCACCCCCCUGCGUGGAAUUUCUACUCUAAUCUGACCCCUUAUGCCUAAACUAAAUCUUGGAACACAUGUCUUUUCAGGCUACACAAAACUACCUUUCAAAUGGUUUGACUACCUCAGGGAAACGGGAUCCGUAGCUGCUCCUGUAAAGUUCUUUAAUAAGGUAAUACAUGAUGCAUUUGGGAUGUCUUAUUGGAAGCAUUUUUCAUAGUUACAUGAUUCAAAUUCAUACAAACUGAGAGAAUAUCGCCAUACAUUCAUUGUUUACUAUUAAAUGACCUGUAAACCCAGAAAUCUAUGUAAGAGUUACAGAACUUGCUUGUUAUCUUUACAGCCACAGAAACAUUUUAGCCAAUAAGAAUCCAUGUAGAAUUCAAACCACGAUCGGGGAAUAGAAGGUCCACUGGUGAUAGUCUAAUGGCUGCCUCUUUUCUGCUGUAAAAAUCCAUAUUUCCUGGAGAAAAACAUUUUUACAAUUCUCAAAAAGAAAUUAUUUAUAUAUGAUGAGAAAUUCAAAUCAACUUGUUAUACCGAUCCGCACAAUAGUAUUUUUUAAAAUGAUUUAUAGGUAAAGUUGUACAAUGUGAUGCAAUUCUUAUUUCAUUUGCUGUUAUUUUGAAUCCUUAUUUUGUGAGAUAUUGUUACACCCACCAUAUUAGGACGUUCCCAACCAUGGCUUUCGUGUUGGAAUGAAACUGGAGGCUGUGGACCUGAUGGAGCCUCGAUUAGUGUGCGUUGCCACGGUAACACGCAUCAUCCAUCGCUUGCUAAGGAUUCAUUUCGACGGCUGGGAAGAUGAGUAUGAUCAAUGGGUAGACUGUGAAUCGGCUGACCUCUAUCCCGUCGGUUGGUGCCAGUUAACGGGUUACCAACUACAACCUCCGGCACCUCAGAGUAAGUUGCCGUCCUUACUGACGUGACGUUUUCCUUUUACGAACGCCCACUCUCACUGUAAAUAUUCUUGUAUAAUAUUUUAAAUACUUUUGAAUCAGUUUUCUAACUAAUCUGAGCUUCUUUUGGCCGUGCUCAUUAAUUCUGCACCAUCCGGAAUCUCAUUCCUUUUCCUUGCACCAUUGAUGCUGAGAACUGAUCUACUUAACUGCAGAAAUCCCAUAUUUAUCUAAUGCUGUUUUUUUGCAGAAUUUCUACUUUAUUUACCAGUUACUUUCUCUGGGGGGUGUAAAAAUGUAAAUGCAAGGUCAGUCACUCUGCUCCUGUACCCCCUAGCUGUGGCUAUAAAGAAAUUAUAGCAGUCAGAGCACAUGGGCUCUGUGCAAUCCUUGGAGGGCAAGAGAACCAUAUGUAGGAAGUCUCUCCUGCUCAGUCUUUCUGCCUUUCCUUCAGUACAGAGAUCUAUGCCGGAGAUUUGACUGACGGGUGGAUGGAAACGACCUAUUUCGAAAUGUAUUUAUUUAUUUGACUCUCAGUCUAUACAUUUGUAAGCCGUUCUGCUACCACAAUGUCUAGAUGGUAUGGGAAUCUCAUUAAUAUGUAAUGCUGUGUGUAUCAUGGCAGGUACGUUUUCAUUCAGUGGCUGAACGCAUCAGAUGAGAUUCUCAGCCAAUGAUUUCUGAAGAUGGAAGGAAUUCAUGUGCUAAUGUUGAUGGGUACUUUCACAAUAGUGAUAUCACAGGACACAAAAAAUUCCCUAGAGGAAAUAAUUUAAGUAUUACUAUUCUCACACGUAGGAACAUGGUCGAACCUAACACCUGAAUAAAGUGUAGCACAAGUUUUCCUGAAUCGGAUACUGUUAGUUUAUUUCAUCAUAUAUUGAGAUUCCAAAACUUGGAGUAGAGGAACAAGUUUUAGCCUUAUGACCUUCUUAGAAGGGGACUGUGUCGGUGAGUUGGGGAGGGCAAUCGGCAUGGUUGGAUAUAUUUUAAGUGGGGACUUAUAGUUGGUGUUUUUGCAAUACCUUUUUUUCUUUCCAUUGGACAUUGUGACUAAUUGUACCACUGAUUUGAUACAUUUUGUAUUAUUACUCGUUUUAUAUGUUAAAUUAUUAGUACUUAAUAAAAACGCAUUGCUAUAUUUUUUCCCCUACUAUCUUUCGUAGCAACAAAAGACAACCAGUCCAGUGUCUCCAAACAGAAGAAGAAAUCCAAAUCACAGCAGUACAAGGGACACAAAAAAAGUGGGUGGAUGAACUUUAUUUAUUUUUUGUUGUGUUUUGAACGCUUUUUCUUUUAAUCGUAAAGCAGCAUUACCACCAGUGAAAUCUGAAUCGCUACCUCACACCGAGCCAAAACCUCCUAGCUAUUCUAGCUCCACAAUAAACUGAUGGGCACUGUGAAAAUUGUGUUUUGGGGAGAAUCUCUCCCUCCGCAGUCACGGCUCCCAAACAGAUGGUUCUGUAUUUCACAUUCAAAUCACAUUGUGGUUGAUGAGCUGAUCAAUGGAGAAGGCCUCACACUGCCGGUUUUCUUUAUUACUGCCUCUAAAAAGAAAGGAAAUAUUUACCCCGUAGCUUGACACAAAAAGUAAUGAAAAUCCCUCGAGUCACUUAGAUUUAUUUUUUUAUUGAUAGACUGAUGGCAAUGCUGCUUUAAGUUAUAAGGCUCUUCUUACACACAGAUGUAGCAAGCAUGGUUGAUCCUUGUGGAUUCCAGGGAAUAUUCUGUAAAGAGUAAAAAAAAAUAUAUACAAAGAUCUGUUCUAUUUUUAUAGAGAAGGGAGUGGAAACAAGUAGUUUAACAUCACUCAUGAAAGAUAUACAUACAAAUCCUAUCAUUUUCAUGUGACAAAAAGUGUUUUAAAAAUGAAUUAAACUAGGCAAAUGUUCCUUUAGUGUCUGUACUGUUACCUCAUCUUCCUUCUGUCUGAAUUUUUCAGACACUGUAUUUCAUGCUCGGUUGACUAUAUUUACCAGACAAAAUAGAAUCCCAUGUGACUCUGUUUUUUAUAUGGUCUAUCAAGUAAUAUAAACAUCUCAAUGUAACAGUGACUUGAUUGUCACAAGGCAUUUGAUUUUUAACUACAUUUCCCAUGAUGCACUGGCUGUCUCUGUCGUGAGUUGUUUAUAGAAGUGUACAAUAAAUGUCUUAAUGGGACACUCAAAGCACUUAUUGCAAGAUUGUAAGAAUGUCCCGUGUCCCUGUUUUACUUCCACAAUGGGAGUAUUUAUCACAGUGUUAUAAAGUAAUGGUUGAAUUCUGUCAUUAUUUUGAUCGUAUUACUGUAAGAUUCAUACCUGGAAGGAUGAGUGGACAGAUAAGUUCUCAAAAGAACUUUGUAACUUGAAAUUCUUCUGUAUAUUCCCACACCCUUAGAAAUAUUUGUGAACUACAUUCCCAUGAUGCUGAAGGCUAGGACAGGAUUGAAGUGCCAUAGCUUUCUUUAACCUAUGCCUUUUUAUAUAUAAUGCAUUUAAAAAUAUGCUAAUUUAAAUAAUCAAGAUACCCGCAUGCAUUUCCUGCAUAUCUUGAGGCUGUGCAGGAUCUAGAGUGAACUUUCUCCAAACCAGGAAGUAUCUCAGAUUACACAGCUUUCUAUUGGUAAGCUUAUUAAAUAAGCAGUGACCUAUGGGCAUAGCAAAUGUGCCUGGGAGUUGUCCUAUGUUAGAAAUCCAACAGCUCAACUACUACUUCACUAUUUUUGGAGUGAAUGCGGGACAUUACAGGUUUGGAUGGAAGUGUAUAAAGAAUAGGCCACUGUCACUAUUUAUAUUCAGCCCCCACUUCCCACAUUUUCCUAUGAGUUGCAAAGUUCCGUGGCUUGAAUUUUACAUGGUCAGUGCACCACUAGUGGCUGUCAGUGUGAAUGGAGUGUCCCUUUAACGAUAUAAUUACACAGACUAUAACGAACUGUAACCUAAUAAAUAUGGCAACGUUACACUAAAUUCUCAUUUACCAUGCCAAAGGAAACCAUGCUUGCUAAAUUUCUUGGUGAGGAUUUUUCUGUGUUUUAUCUACAUCAAAUGUUUCACUGUUGAUAAAAUGCAUUGCUUAUGUUUUACAUGUUACAAUGGAUAACCUAGUCAGACAUUUUCAACCUCCUUAAAGGGGAUGUUCCACCAUACAAUUAAAGGGUUACUCCAAGCAUCGCCCCAUUUUCCGGUAAUGGUGCAAUCCCUUUUUCAAUGGUUUUCCAUCUUGCCUGGGUCCCUGAGAAGGGCUGACGGUCCUCUAUUGCCAGUGAUGUGAAUCUGGCUUCUGCAGUGCUGGCAGUGUCCACUGGGCCCUCUCUGCCAAUGAUGGAGAUUCCAUGUGUAGAAAUAUUCACAGAAUUUACAUUAGCCAGCCCAGAACUCUAGUUUCAGGCUGGCUAACGACUCUCCAAUGACGUUGCCUGCGGUGGAGUUAAACUCAAUAUGUGCAGAGUUUCAUAGUGAAAUGCUGCACAUACCGACUCCAGGCACCAUAACCACUUCAAAUCACUUGUGCGUGUGAAUUUGCUUUAAGUUGGUGUUAUGCCUUUUUUUCAGUUUGUACUAAUUUUUGUAACUAACAAGCUUUUAUUAUGUUGUGCAAUAGGAUGUCUGUCUGGAUUUUAAGUAAACCAGAAAGACCUCAGUAGCCAUUAUCUGUCAUACUUCAACACCAUGAGGAAGUAUAUUGUAACAAUAAAAAUAAAUUCACCCUUUUCCACUUAAUGCAGCACUGCACUGUCACACAUUACUCAAAGCCAAAUUCUUAAAAAAAAUAUAUAAAUAUAUAUUAUAUUUAUUCUUCUCCUUCUCUGCUGUGGAACAUCCCCUUUAAAGUUUUGUUGCGUUGUGGAAAGUGACCAGUAAAGGGCUGUAAAGGGAUUUUAACACAGAUUUUAGAAGCUGUAAGUUCCGUAGCUUUGCCAGAUCUACGGCAGCUGAGGUUCAGUGCUUUGCCGCCCCUGACCUAACAAAACAGAAAGUAAGCAUUGCUGCAUCUCACCUGGGUAAUUGUACUCUGGGUGAUGACAUCUGUGUUAUAUCAGUGGAGUAUUCCUGCCGUCUUUUUAAAGUCUUAAAAAUAAUCGCACUGACUAGGAUGUGAACUUACACCAUAAAUACCAUUAUUCUGGCAGACUAUUGAAUAAUGUGGGGAAAUGUAACAUUUAUUAGACAAAUUGUAAAAUCGGAAUAGGUUUCUAUUUACAAAUAAAGAAAAAUGGGUGGAAUUAAAAAAAACAAAAAAAAAAAACACCCAGAAUAUUUACAUGCAGAAUUCAGCAGUCAUAGUGUGUAACAGGUCAAAUUGCUCCGAUUUCAUUUAGUAUAAUAAUAAUAGGGCACAAGUCAUCCCAAGUAUUGACAGAUUAUUUAGGAAACCCAGCAGUUUCAUUUACUGUCAGAAAUAAAUUGUAACCAAAGCUUGGGUCAACUAUCUAGAAGUUAUUUGGAAAAAGAGUAAUUUUGUGAGCAGUCAACAAAACAUGGGAUUAAUAAUUGACUGUAACUUUUUGCAACUUUUGACAUUCCAUCCAAACUGUCCAGCAUAAUUUAGACUGUCCUAUAAACUGUGCACCGUUAAGGGCUGAAUUCAAGCGCAGUCAGCUAAUGAAUUAACUGUGGAUUAGACUAAGUAGAGUUGUAUCCAGCUGCUUUUAUGAAAAGUAAUUGACCCAAUGAAGAUAAACCCCAAAAUGGAGAAUGAAAACCUUAGAAAUAAAUUUAAAUUACUCAACAAUUAGUUUCAUUAGCUCCUCGUUCACACCCCUGAGAAAAACAAAUAAGUUUUUCGAGCUGUUUUAUGAAUAGGGAGCUAGUAAUUGGUUAAUAGCUAUCCGGCUUCCUGAUUUGGGCCUUGGCCAAAAGCGGGUGGAGAGGGGCAGAGCUAUCUGACACUGGAUUGAACAAUUUCGGUUAAACCGUUCGUUAACGGUAACCUGCUGCCAGGCACCUCCUAGCACCAUAUCAACUUCCCUUGAAGUUGUAAUGUUGCCUGAAGGGUUUUAGUGAAGUUGUUAUGGUGCUGGGAGGGUCCCUUUAAGACCUGCUCUAAAUUCUGAGAAUUCACAGAAAAGCUGUUCUUUGUGUUGAAUUCAAUGAAAUUGGGAUAUGAAAGAUCUGUCAAACCGCAUGCACAAACUGACAAAGCCCUCAUGUAACAAAGGGUUGUGGUCUUGUUUUUUUUUUUUUUUUUAGAAGUAGAUUUUUAAUGUAAUGUCUUAUAAAUGUUACAUUUGAGCACAUUAUCCAUUAGUGUGGCAGAAUAAUUUUUGUUUAUAGUGUGAGACCUACAAGAAAUUGUACACGUUUAUAGCAAGGAACCAGAGCUAGAUAGGCACCCUGCAGAUUUUGGUAAAGAAUUGCAUUAUACUAAAAACAUGACCUACUUAUUUUCCCUGAAAUCCUAAUAUGCUGAUAUUGGUAACAUUUAAAGGUAUUGUUUAGCCCAGACCACAUGGAGUGUUCCAUAUUUUAUCUUCUUUUAAAAUUUUCAAUUUUAAAGGACCACUAUAGUGCCAGGAAAACAAACUCGUUUUCCUGGCAUUAUAGUAUUAAUAGGUCCCCCCUCCUUCCGGGCUCUAGGGGGAGGAAGGGGUUAAACACUUGCCUUUCUCCAGCGCCGGGCUCCCUUGGCGCUUGGGACUCUCCUCCUCCUUUGGACGUCAUCGGCUGAACGCACGUGUGCGGCAAGAGCCGCGCGCAUUCAGUCAGUCCAUAGGAAAGCAUUCUCAAUGCUUUCCUAUGGACGCUGGUGCCUUCUCACUGUGAAAAUCAGUCGGAAGCGCAUAUAGCAGCUAUCAAUGAGACAGCUAUUAGAGGAUGGAUUAACCCAUAUGUAAACAUAGCAGUUUCUCUGAAACUGCUGUGUUUACAGCAGGCAGGCUUAACCCUAGAGUGACCUGGCACCCAGACCACUUCAUUGAGCUGAAGUGGUCUGGGUAACGGAUCACCUGGCACCCUGACUGGGUACCUCCGUUGAAGGAUGCUCCAAUCGCUCUGCAGACACCACAACCACCGCAGAUCCCACUAACCGCCGCAGCUUGGUUGGAGUCUCGCCGUCUCCUACCCACCCUGGACCUACGACAAGGCUCCAGGUUCCAGUGGGUGAACCUCUCCUCCAAGAGAGUGAAGCAGGAAACAAGGUCUUGAAAGAGCUUUGUAGUGAUUAGCUAAGGGAGUAUGCAGAGCAUAGCAAUCCCUUGUAGUGAUAUAGCAAUUCCCCCAAUAAGAGACAGGACUCUAGAUUGAGGGUGAAGAAGAACUCUCUGUACUGGCACAUACAGCCUCUUUUAGUCACAUUCUACAAACAUAGUACUGCCCACAGGGUUUUGAAGAACAACCAAUCAACACAUUACAACACAGCUAACACACCCAUUCAUUACAUCAGAAAUCCUCCCCUCUGCCUGUAUUAUAGAAGUAUUACAGUAUUAUAAAACAUAUCACAGGGAACCCAAAAAAAUGCAAUAACUCCAUAAAAUAUAUAUCCGGGGAAUCUGGGUGAACCACAUAUCCACAAUUCACCCAGAUCCGUUCAGUAGUUUGGAAGAUACGGUUUAAUGCAGAUUCCGCAGAACAUAUACAGGCUAUAUGAAAAAUAAUUACUGUAUAAUGUGUCCCCUGUUCUGUAGUUUAAAACUACUGAACGAUGUCUUUGUGCACCAAAUACCGGCGAGAUGACUGUGUAGAAAAGUCACAACAGUGUCUGUGAGUUAAAAUGGCCGCCAUCCAUUGUUCUCACCAUGUGCCUCUGAUACAUGAAAUGGUGGCCACCCAGUAACUCCACAAUAUGUCCCUAGAUGGUUCUUAAAGGGCCAGCAGCAGCAUAAUAAAAUACAGUAUGCCCAAAUCAGUUCCUUAAAGGGCAAUACAUCCCAGGGCCAUAGUCGCAGGGCAGGAGGCUGGCAAACAGGUCACUUUCGCCACAGUCUGGGUGCCUGUAGUGGUCCUUUAAUUUGUCAUUGCUUUUUAACACAUAACAUUCCCUUAGGAGAAGCCUUUUUGGUGAUUUGGAAACAAUUAGUCUCUCGACCUAUCAGUGUCUGUUUUUUAUGUCACAUGACUGCAGCUUAGACUUAAUCCAUCCAGACGAAAAUGCUAAUGUGGCAUAGUGUUUGAGCGCAUCUCUGAUCCAUUGGCCUCCCCUGCCGGCUUCUCACCGGUGCCCCAGUUUUAAAACCAGUUAUAAAGACUGCAAACUAGCAGCCAAUCUGGAUGAUGAUGUCAGGUGCAUGCUGGAAAAUAGUGUGGUUUCAGGAUUUGUGCUCAGAAACACGUGGGCCCAACCAAAAUAUCCUUAAAAAAAAAUUAAACCUGCAAACUGCUGAAUCCUUGAACACAACAUUAGAAAUUAAAGGUAAAAUGUACAUGAGGACUUUAUUCUUAGCAUUUAUAUAGAGCCAACAUAUUCAGCAGCGCUGUACGUUUAUAGAAAGACUAUAUUUAGAGGUUAAGAAGGCCCUGAAUAAACUAUCCUUGCAGAUUUGGAUUUGGCGUGGGUAUAUACUGUACUGUAUAUAUCAUUAGGUGUCUUGCCCAGGGACACUUACCGGUGAGGUGGUCAAACCCAGGGGCACAUGACAGUGAUUUACUGCUUCUUGUAGUAAGGUGACUUCUAUAGCGAGUACCCAUUCUCUCUCUCUCCCCCCCCCCCACAACCCUCCCAAACCAUAAAAUAUUGUCUGCUAGGGACAUCUAAUAUCACUACAAAUGUGAUUUGUUUUCCUUCUAAAAUAUCUUGAGACUUAUUUGUUUUAUGUUGCUGUGUGUUUUAUUAGUGCAUAGCUCUGUGUACCCAUACACAUUCUACAUUAUUGUUCGUACAUAUUGGCUGUGGAGUUCGGUGGUGCACUCAUGUAUUCUGCACAAAAUAGUACAUUUUUAUUGAAGUGGAGCUCUGUGAUACAAUCGCACAUUGCUAUGGGUUUCGUUGAUGUGAAGCUCAGUGACUCAUAUACACACUGCAUAUUACUUUAAUAGCUGUGGAGCUUUGUGGUAUAUUAAUGCACUGCACAUUGCUGUGGAGCUCUGUGAUGUAUUAAUCCACUAUACAUUACAGUUUUAUUGCUCUGGAGCUCUGUGAUGUAUUAAUACAUUGCCCACAACAGUUUUAUUGUUGUGGAGCUCUGUAAUACAUGUAGGCAUUGCUGCAAGUGUCAUGGAUGUGGAGUUCUGCGAGUUCUGGUAUACACUGCAAUAUCUAAGCCCCGAAAAAGGUAAUUUCAGAACUGGAAAGAGCGACAGACUUGGCCGUAGAAUGCGAGAAACUGUCCUCCCUUUUCUCUUUCCCCAAUGACCCAAGCGUUUUUCUUCUUCUAUCAAAAGCGCUAACAUUUAAUAUUCGUAAUGCAAGAUUCAUUUUCAGGUGGUAGGUUGACUUUAAAUUGCAGGACAGGUACUGAAAGAAAAAGAAAAAUCUCUAAAUCAGGGCUUACAAUUUCUACACUAGUAGCUGGUUACUCACCAUUGGAAGCUUGGAUGAUUCAUGACACACUCACCAGGAGUGAAUGUCUCCUCGCCAGGGUUACAUUUUCACAAAGGCGAGUGGCGAAUUAAGGUUUUAAGCCCGCUGUAAAUGAUGCAUGUAGGCCUGUAAAAAUGUGCAGUAACUGGUAAAUCACUUAUUAUAGGUGCCUCUGCCAUUUAUCAAUUUAACCAAUGAUACAAGAAUGGACUUGCUGAGAUAACGAUUCCUUAAUUAUAUGAGUGAUAUAGUAUGUGCAUUUGUUGUCCCUGGUUGCAAUGAGUUUGAUAAAGGGAUGUUAUAAGCACCAUAACCACUACAGCUUAUUAUAUUGUUACAGCUUAUUGUAGUGCUUAUGGUGCAGAGAGAGCCUUUGAGUGCCACCACCGUGUCGUAUGUCAAACAGGUAUUAAGCUAUGGUUUCCUGGCCACCUACAGAUCAGCUGCCUGCAGUCUGGAAUUGCAAUGCAAGGAUUGACAGAGACAGAAAUUAGGUCUUGGAGAGCCCAGUUUGAUAUUUUAUCUAACCAAUGUAUAAUAAUUGUAAGCUAUUUGCAAUUAGAAGAUUUUACAAUGGAGGCAGCCAUCUUGGAAUAGUAUCACAUGCUGCGGUGACAGACAAUUUGUAUUUAUUUUUUUAAAAGCCGUAGGGAGCACAUGUCACCAGCCAAUCAGAAUAUGCUAUUUACCCAGGACCUCCCAAUAGCCAAUAAAAAGGUUCUUUCAACACUAAUAAUACUGAAUAUCUAUUAUACUAUGAAAACUAGGUUAGCUUGGUAUAAUAUUGUAUUUUUUUGUAACAUGCUAGACAAAUUAACAACUGAUUGUAAUCAUUGUAAGCUGUAUAUGACAACUGUGACAUUUUAAUAUGUCAAGGAGAGGAACGAUGUGAUAUGUUUUUAUAAAUUUUAUAUACUUUGCCUGAUUAUAGUUAUACUGGGGUUUUUUUUUUUUGGUUUUUUUUUAAUAGUGAAGAAAAUUUACUUAAAGAAACACUCUAGACACCAUAAGAACUUUAUCAUAAUUAAGUUGUUUUGGUGCUGGGACGUCCCCCGGCACUGUCUUACUUAUACGGGUGAACCAUUUGGGAAGAGUUUUUAAAUCCAAGUCUGUGUUCCAGAUUUGGAUCGCUCUGCCCACUAUCCUUCCGCUAUCUGAAAUCCUAGAUAACGAAAGCCUUGAGCAGGGGCGACGGUGAUUUGCUUAGAGUGGUCAGCUGAUUCUCUAAGCCACCCACUGCCGUUGCGAAGAAUUUAAAAAAGCGGAAGGACAGUGGACAGAGCAGAAUGGCUUUGGAGCACAGACUUUUGGGUUAAAUGCUUUGUGAACAGUUUAACCCCAAAAGGUGAGCCAGUGCCAGGAACUCCAAAUAAGUUAUGGUGCCCAAGUGGUACAGUAAUAAAAUGGUUACACGCUGCAUAUUAAUGUAUUAUGAAUACAUAUAGUACAUAUCAAUACAGCUAUAAAGGAAGUAGCUUUGCCAAUUCCAUUCUGAUUGCUGCAUAUUCUUAAAUUGAUUUCCAGAUCUAAGGAAACCUCCAAAUAGCAGGCCCUAGAAAGAGAGCGUUGCAUACCAGCAUGCACAGCAGUCUCCUAUAGGAUAUGGCUUUUAUUUAUUUUUUUAAAUAUAUGUUUAUGACCUUGUAAUUUUUUUUUCUCCCAAUUGCAAUAAAAUGUGGUCUUUUCUAUGACCCAUCUUGACUUUGUUUAUGAGGAAAUACUAAAUACUCCCCACCCCUACUAUUACCAAAUCCUGCUCUCAUUAACUCCUUACUGUAAAGAUAGCAUGUAAGAAUAUCUCAAAUACGCCCAUAAUGUACAAGAAAAGUCUUAAAGGGACAGUCUGUGCACUAUAGAGUAUUCCCCUCAAUUUGGCUGUGAUGUAAGAUCGUCCUCUGUACUGAUCUCACUGCACACAAUUCAUAUAACUACAACUAAAAGCCAACUCCUCAUUAACAUACAUCAAGCUUCCCCUUUUCAGCAAUGUUCCAAUUAGGAAGGAAUAUCUGUGCAGAUUCCCACCUCAUACUCUUCUCGUUGCUGCAUCUUGAUAUUUGUUUCUUUUUUUUUUAUUUCUUUUUUUUAUUUGUGAUGCAGCAUUACGACAUUUGUUUAUGGUAUGAUACAAUAUGAAAGGUUAGCCAAUAAUAAAUUGUGCUUGUGUAACGUAAGGAAACUAAGGGAGGAAGCAAGCAUCCAACUGCGGAGUCCCAGAGCCAUCGUGGAUUACUGCACCGUAACUUAAAUUUGACAGAUUGAAAAAGCCGAGGCGCCCACAACUAUUCAAAGGACUGAGAACUGUGAUGGAUCAUGGUCGAUAACUUGACAUGUCCCAUUGUAUCUUAGCUUGCACAGUAGGAAUUGUUGGAAGCUCAUCAUGAAGCCAAAGGAUCCAAUUUCUACACUUUGUCUGUUUGUUUUCUCUCGUAGUAAGACAGUCGUGUAGGCAGACCUAAGGGAAGACCCAAAGAUUUGCCAAAACUGGUUCUGUAAAAAUGUAUGAGAGCAUUACUGAAAUAUAGCACAAUAAUUCAAUUUUUAACACCACUGGUGGUUAUUACAUUUUACUCAUGGGGCUCAGAACUAUCUAGUAAAUUCCCAAUUAUUAAACCGGCACAUAAUAUUCUUCACACUCCAUAUUCCAUAAAUGGUUUGCUGUAGCGGCACAGGGAAACAGAUGUUUUCUAGAAUUGUAUUCUAGUAAUUGUUAUAUCACCAGUGGAAAGUUAGCCACCUCUUAUAUAAUUGAAAUAUGUGCUAUAAUGAUUCCCGUAAAAUCAAAGUUUUGAUUCUUUUUUUUUUUUUUACUCUUUACAUACUGACCCUUGACUCACCUUUUACUGGGAAUACUUAAUAAAAAUCCAAAAAUUAAAAAGCAGAGUAGAUGCCCUAUUUAUUUAGGAACACACGCUUAGAUCAUCCUGCUGCCAGUAAAUUGGAAGGGACUCCCUUGGCCAAAGUUAUGUAAGCAACUGGCGCUAAGUCCACUUAGCAUAAAUCAGAGAUUACAGAAUUAGUUUAUGUCCAAAAUAGCCAAGAUAAAGAUUUUAUUUGCUUUUGUGGUUUAAAAUGUACAAUUUCAUUACCAUUCUUUACAGUGGAGUAAAUAGAUCCUGGGAGACUAAGAGAAGACAUGUAAUGAAAAGGUGUAUGUAAAAUCUGGAUAUAUACUUACAUUUUUCAUCUGUGGCAGGAAAGGUUAAAUAAGGCAGACGCCAAGGGUCUGUUAAUUAAACUGUAAGCUCCUCGAGUGAGUGGAAAAUGGUUAUAAAAUUCAAGGCAAAACAACAGGUUUUGAAAAAGUUUCCAAGUCUGCUUUUGUUUUGCCUUUACUUUGGUUACCAUUGUGGUAAAACACAUGGAACUUCAAAGAUUGUCUGCAUUAACAAACACUACUUGCACCAAUAUGUGUGUUUACUCUCCCAUUAUAAAACAUAAGCCUGGUAUUAUAGUAUAUAGCUCAUCUCACUAACACUGCAGCUGGUAUGUUUCUGGCAUGAAAGGGAAGAUUUGCCACUGGUGCGUUUUGCAUCAUGGAGAUGCAUGCAGUUGCCGCAAGGAUGUGAAAUCCCAACACACAUGCAUGCCCAGAUGACCGGCUGCUUAGCAAGGCACACAGCCAGUGUACAAAUGUAAAAUGCCUAGCACAGUAGAAGGCAUCCAUUGGCACUGCAGAUAUUGUGGACUACAUCUCCCCUGAUGCUUUGCCCCUAUUUUAGCUGUAAGAGUUUAAUGCAGGCUUCCCCAAACUCUGGCCCUCCAGAUGUUGCUGAACUACAAUUCCCAUGAUUCUAUGAAUGAAAUAGGCUGAGAAUCAUGGGAGUUGUAGUUCAGCAACAUCUGGAGGGCCGUAGUUUGGGGAAGCCUGGUUUAAUGGGAGAUGUUGUCCACAACAGCUGGAGUGCAGAAGAUUGCCUACCGAAGCCACAAAAUAAAUGGGUCAAUAGGGCAGGGUCCUUAACCCCUUAAGGACCAAACUUCUGGAAUAAAAGGGAAUCAUGACAUGUCACACGUCAUGUGUCCUUAAGGGGUUAAAUCAGGAUUGUUUUGCUGAACUCCAGACUAUUGGAACAUAUGGCACUUCAAACCAAGGGACCCUGUGAGGACCAAAACUAGCAGUCUACAGCUGGUCUCAGCUGCCUAUCUAAUAGAAUGUCAGACUUUGAGGAGUAGCAGCUACAAACGUGCCCAGAGCUUCCAGGAAGUAAACACUGUUUUUACUGUACACUUAAAGGAUUAAUAAAGUGUUAUAUUUAUAUAUACAAAGCCUUAAAGAACAAACUGCUGAGAACUGAAGCGUACAGUAAAGAGCAACACAGCGCAUGAACACACAAACACAAGUAAGGACAGCAUAAAACGUUUACUGGAAAGCAAAUCUGUAUGAGGUUUAUUCAAUAAACAGGAAAUUUGUAGUGAUCUGAUAACUGAAUUGCACAAUGUAGGCCAAACACAUGAUACGAUUCUCAAACUCUGCUACAGUCACACCUCAGCUAUUUUAGCCUGAAAUUUUUAAUCAAAUUUUCAAUUCACUUCAACGAUCUGUUUUGUGACUAAAUCCUUGUAAUGACCGAAAAGGCCUCUCUUCCAAACAUCUAACAUGGAACAGCUGCGCUUUUCUUUUUAGGAGUUUAGAGUGAUUUCGUCCUUUGUACCAGAGAAGCAGGAGACUGGGUAAAAUCACUCUGAACCCCUACAAAUUGUGUGAUUGGGUCCUGUGUGGGACUGGCUGCUAACUUGUAACUUGAAUAUGACAUAUCACGCCGCACACUAAACUGGAAUAAAACUGAUAUCUAACCAUCAUAAGCACCACAUGCUGAUGGAGUGGUUAUGGUGCCUUUAGGCUACAUUCUCCUGGGCUUCCUGAGGCCGCUUUAGCUUGGUGCAGUUUCCUGGAAUUUCUAACGUGGCAAUGGACCCACUUAGCAAAUGAAAUUGGAUGGGCUGUCAAUGCCUCAAGAGAUGUUUGUCGUCAAACCAUUUAAACUGCACUAAUGGCACUGUAACACUAUAUUGGCAAUUCUGCUUUGGAGUCUAAACUGCUCAUUCAAAUACAGCUGGUUCUAGGAAUUAAAACAUUGCUUGCAGAUAUUUUGGGUGCCUGUGAGGCUCAAACUAGUUUAUCUCCAUACAUGAUUUCAAGCGAGGCAAGCUUUUGAUUAAAAAAUAAACAUGGACUCUCUGUUUUACGUGUAGCAUUUAUAUGGAAAACCCUGGGUGCCCAGAUUAUUUUAGCCAAGUAGUGAAAAAAAAAAAAAAUGUAAUAGAAAUAACAACUGAACAGGACCAGAUAGGAAUACAGGUAAUAAAUAAAGUGAUUUUGCACAAAUGGUGUUAUGGCUAAAAUGUAAAUGAGCACUAUAGGGUCCGGAACACAAACAUGUAUUCCUGACCCUCUUUUGUUAAAACCACCAUCUAACCCCCCUAAAUAUAGCAAAGUCUUACUUGUCUUCAAGUCUGCAGAUGCUGCCUCUGCCCCUGAUCUGCCUACUUGAGUGACAUCAUCAGAUGUAAUUCUGUGAGCCACUCUCAAUGAAUUUCCAUAGGAUUGGCUGAGACUGUCAAGGAGGCAGAGCCAGCACGUCUGGGAAAAAAAACAAACGUGUUUACUGCAAAAAAGCCUGACAGAAGUUAUUCUAGUCACCAGAACAAAUAAGCUGUUGUUCAUUUAAAUCUAGAGACACUGUGAGAUUCAUUCCUUAACUAGUGAGUUGACUAUGUGCAUGCAAAGAUAGUCGAGUUUGAGAUUUUUUUAUGUACUAUACAUCAUUCCACAUGAAGGACAUUGCACUGAUGGUAUUUUCCAGGAAUCAGUUGACAACUCAAUUAACCUUUUAUUGAGCUUGGAAGGAACAACUUUCCGAACUCUUGUAGGAAUUGAACCUGCGACUCUAUAGUUGGACCAGGAACAUAUGCUAGGUCACGAACAUAGACCAUUGCGCGAUCUAGCAAACUGACCGUGAGAUUACAAAUCUCAGUCUUUAGUAAACGUCUUGAUGUGGCUUUUCAUACUGACAUACAUGUGUUACCCUUCAUUAGAGAUUAAAUACUCACUUGAGGAUAGCUAAACAAGGCUAUAGUCCCCAACCUCUGUGUAAUGGAAUAAUUACUACACUUCACUCAAUAUACCAAAUACUUUAUCACCACAACUUUGUAUUAGAUUUCCAUACUGAUUAACCAGACACAUACAUUCAUUGACAGACGCACACACUCACUGACAGACGCACACACUCACUGACAGAUGCAUACACUCAUUGACAGGCACACUCUCUCAUAUACACUGACAAACAAUGACAUACACAAACACUCACAGACACACACACCUACAGACAGACACACACACACAUUUACCCAACACUCACAAAUUAUUAUUGUUUCGAUUUUAAUUCUAAAUCAACCAGCCUGCCUGGGAGAGCUGGAGUGGAUUACUUACCUGCGGUCUAGUGGGGCUCUAAUCUUCCUGCUCAGCUACCUCGCGCGUCGCUUAUUGAUGCUGGAAGCUGUAGUGAGGUCAUAUUCUGGCUUCAUUAAGCGACGCGCAAGGGAGCUGAGCAGGAAGAGCUCAGAUGAGCCUUGCUGCCCGCUGCUAUAAAAGCUGCCGCCAGCUUCAGGGGCCUCAAAAGUGACCAGCCAGCUCCUAAGCCCCCCAGGACACAAGGCAAACAAGGGAUACGCCUAGGCGUUUGGGGGCGACUUUUUUUUUUAAUAAUGCCAUUCUACGCUGAGCAUUCGAGCUGUCCUGUGAUACAUGCCAUUCCACGCUGAGCAUGCCACCAAAUUGCAAUUUGUUUGUCUGCUCAUUUCUUUAAAUCGCUCCAAGUGGAAACUGACCAUACUGUUUUAAAGUGUUUAGUAUAAAAAUAAUGAAUGAUACAAACUAUAAAUAUUCCUUGCUUGUGGCAAAUCCACAGCAUUUGCAGCUUCUGCAGGAACAAUGAUAUAGAUGAGCACUCUUAGCCAGUCCGGACUGCUAUAAAAACAUGUAAACUUCAGUGCAUCAAUGCAUCCAACAGCCGUAGCAAUGGUAGGUAUUGAUGAACAGGUUCCUAGAAACUGAUACUGCGCUCACUCAGCACCCACUGGCUACUUUUUGUCCAUUAAAUAAAUAAUUGAAAUCCGUUGGCCUGGAAUGUCUCUUUAAAGGGACACUCCACUGCCCUAAUACAAAAAAAAUAAUUUUUUAAAUCACUCUUUAAUAUAUCUACCCCAAUGAAAAAUGCAUGCAUUCCCAAUGCAGCUAAAUGAGAAGUCUUUUCAAGCCAGUUGCUCUGGGCAAUUGCUGCCUCUGAGUUUAUCUCCACUGAGCUAACCAAACCAGGAAGUAAGAUGACAGGUUGUCUGAUUGACAGCCAGAGAGGGUGUAACAAAGUUAAUUUAUAAAAGUCUAAAUUUCUAUUUAAAUCUGUACUUUUUGUAAAAUGAACAUUGUUAGUGUUUGCAGGAAGUAAAGGCUGGUUUUAAAUAACCUGUAGUUUUAUACUAAAAUUCAAAAAUGAAAGACAGUAAAAGACAAUAUGAAUUGAUAAUUGAUCAUGUAAAUAUUUUUUUCACCACUUUAUUUUAUAGUGACACCGUUACAAAUAAAGGAGGAGCUGUUGGAUGGAGAAGACUACUCAUUUCUUCAGACUUCGGAUCAGGAAAGUAACGGAUCAGGCAGCUACUUUAUCAAACAAGAGCCAUGACAUCAUUGUUAUUAUUAUAAUUAUUAAUAUAAGAGGAGAAUGUUUUAAUACAAAAUUAUUUGAAAUCAGAACAGAAAAAAAACGGACUUAUGUGCAGGGACACUCAAACAAGCGUAAAAAAAAAAAAAAAAAAACUAUUUUGGUGAAACAAAAAAUCAAAACACAAAAACAGAUUUUUUUUUUCCAGUUUAUUAAAUGACAUGAACAAUUUUGUGUUGUAUUUGAAGUUUUUUGAAAAAAAAAUGUAAUAUUUUGAGAAUUUUACAAUUAUUGUGCAUUGUGGGCAAAGAAACAAAAUUCCUAGAUUUUUGGUAAACUUAGCAGGGCUUGAUAUAUUUGUUAAGAAAUGGUGAAAUGUUUGCAAAAAUACACAGACUUGGUACACACUGGGUAGCUUUUUUGAUUUUAUUUACUAAUUUUUUUUUAGGAACUAAAGUCUUAAUUUGAAUACAAAAAUAUGUAAAUAUAAAGAUAUAUUAAUUAUUUCAUACUAAGAGGUUUAUGGUUAUUGAACAGUUAUGCCCUUCUAUAAUUGUUUUAAAAAAAAAAAAAGACAUAAAUUUGUCUCCAAAAGUUAGAGGUGAAACAGCGAGGUCAUUUUAAUGGAGAUAAGAUUUGGGGGUUUAUCAACUAAAUACUUAAUUGUAGUGAAAUGAAAAUUGAACUGCAAAUUUAGGCAAAAAAAACCAAAAAACAGAUUUUGAAAAAUACUUCAGCUCAGCUGCAGUCACAGUUUUGGCUAUUUUAUAAUAAAUGUUGCAAUUCUGUUUUCAGUUGAUUACAACGUGUUGUUUAGUGAAUCAGCCCCUUUGUUUUUUGUAUAUGUACCUAUAUAACAUUAUUCUAGCAAAUAUCACAAUGUAUGAAUUCUUGCAAAAUACCUUUGCACCCUGGUAGUUGAUAUCGAAAACGUUUAAAAAAAAAUAGAUACAUUUUUUGUAUAUUAUUGUUGUUUAUAAAACCAGUUUGUAAUAUUUGUUAAUUACACAUUAUCCACUACUGCUAAACAGUCUCCAAGUGUGCGCAUGAGUGAAAGGUAGUAAGGAUUAGGUGAUGGCAUAAUGGGUACCAUCUUCUUAUGCAGUUAAGAAAAUACGCUACAUUCGAGUGUUCCUGUGUUAGUUUUGAUUACUGGCCCCCUUUGUGUAAAAGUAAAAAAAUAUAUAAAAAAUUAAAAACAUUGGCUAUUCACAGCUGAAUGUGAAGUGCUUUAAAAAUUGAAGACCUUUAAGAGAAAAUGCCUCCAGUAACUGCCAGUCAGAGAGCCACUAAUGACAUGUUUUUACACAAAUGUCAAGUUACAUUGUUCAAAAUAACAGACGGCAUCUAAGCAUCAAAACCGCUACGUAAAGCGUUUGCUUAAUGGGUACCCAAAUUUAAAGAUAUAUUAUAUAUUUUAUUACUUUAGGCUUAUUAAAUAUAUACCUCUCUGCAAUGGUGUUGUGCCUGCCAUGAUACCAGUUCCUUCCUACCUCCAAAAUCUCUUAUUAAAUUGGCCCUGCUUCAAAAACAGGCAACAGGCUGUAUUCCUCUAGCCUAGUGCCAAAUGGACUUGCCAGUGGAAUAUAUAUAGUGACUACAUCACACAUGAUUUAUGUUCUGUGAAGGAGAGCAGGAGAACCGCUUGUAAGAGGGUUCUCCAGCAUCCAUCUGUCACUCAGUUCCUAGUAUCACACUGUGACCCUGACAUAGCCCUGUAUACAAAGAACUGACUGACAGGUGAAGGGGGAGUAUCUUAAAGAGAACUCUAUACAGCUGCUAGCAAUACCAAGAUAUGAUAUGACAAAGCACACUGAGCGCAAAUUAAUGUCAACACGGGAUUGGUCAGUUAGUGCCUACCUACCCAACCUGCGUGGAGAAGACAUGGCUAUACCAGUUUAUUCUACUGGCCUGUUUAGCAGUAGAGGACGUAAUAGAAUUAACAAGUAAUCAGAAUUCCUGUGAGUUUUCUGAUGUCGUAGUGUGUGCUCAUGAUAAUUAUUUUUGCCUUUGAAUUAAGCUGGUUACUUGGUCCUGGUGUCUUAGAAUGGGUAAAUGGGACAUAGAACAGUGCUGAGAAUAUCUCAUGCGGUGCCAAGAAAUCGCCACACGCCCAUGGUAAAAUUAAUCAUUGUCCAAUCAUUACUCUUGAUGCCACGCGAGGCGGUGGGUAUCUGACUUCCAGACUUUGGAUAGACGUUGAGGUGCACUGUUUCUGGAGAAUAGGUAGAGUUUGAAUUAGUAGAAUAAUUUGGCACCGAGAGCAAACAACUGUGUUUUUUAUUUCUGCUUGAGCAUACUGGUAGUGAUAAAUCAAACUGCAGGCAACAAAAAUAAUGCCUACUGAGAGCUGUGUAUUUUGUAAUUUCUGUAUAAUAUGUUGUGUGUGGCAAUAAUUGGCAACAUGCAGCCCCCCUUCAGCUUUUGAAGAUCUUUAACUCCAAUGAUGCCAUGCCAGUUGAGCAAAGCAUCAUGGGUGUUCCGGUUCAACAACCGCUUUGGGAUUACCGUUUUCCCACCCCAGGUGUUACUAUUUGAGUUGCAUAAUUCUUUUGCUCUCAAAACAAUUCGGAAAAAAAAAUCGCCAUUUAUGUGAAGCGUAGCCUUCAUUUUUAUUUUAUUUUAUUUUUUCACUACCUGACAAAUCAGAUGUGUGAGACUUGGUUAACAAGUUUUCGCGCGUUUGAUGCUGAACUGAUUUGCACUGAGAUUUAUGGCAGCUCAAACCGUUUUCUUUUCUUCAGUAUAAAUAAUGGCAAGUUCUCAUAUAUCAGUCUGUUAGGCACAGGAUAAUAGAAUUGUAUAUAGCAGCUGGAAACUGUAAAGAGAUUUUCACAAAAGCAUUACAAACUGGAUUCUACAGCCUGUUCUUAAUGUACUGCUGUCUUAAACGUAACACUCUUUUAUAGAUUGUUAGAGGCAUUUUAGGGACUUAUUUACUAAGCAGCGAGUUGUUGAGAGCAGUUAUUUCCAAUAAGCACUGUGGAGUUUUUGGCCCAGAGUAACAAGGUCUGGAACGGAGGUGAAGUGAUAAAUAAAUACUGGGGAUUUAGUGAAAUGAGGAAUUGAGGAAAAUAUCUGCAAGCGGGCCCUUUUAAAAAUGUUUUCCAUCCCUAAUAAUCAGAUACCGUUAAAGUAUAAUAAAAUCUAUACUGAGACCACUUGUGCGCUAUUUGAAGAGUUGGUCAUUUUUCCCCCCAACGCAACUCCUCCAUUUUUCUCAUAAAAUGUUUCAAAUCAGCUACAAUUCACACUUUAGGGGGGAAAAAAAAAAACCCUAGACACUGCAGGUCUAUUGUGUACACAGCACAAAGAAAAAAAAUAUAUACUUAGCAGAUAGCAAGCACAUGAACAGAUUUUUUUUUGUGAUCAUAACUACUCAGCCUUUUCUUCUAAUAGGAUGCUUUUAAUAAAGAAUAACUGAUUUGCGUCGCAGGCUGUGUGUGUAUGUCACAAAUUUGGGGUCCGCUGCAUGCAUGAGUGAUAACACAUGUUCUGCGAGUCAGUCCCAAUCGAUGUUCUGCUGACACUGAUAUCUCCUUUAACAAUAGGUGGUAGAAUAUAGAGACUCCACUAUACAGACAUUAAGUAAUGUGUGGUCCUCUUUCAGUAUAAGGGAUCAUACUGUGACAAACUGUAGCCAUAUUGGCUUUCUAAGUAUCACAUUACAUUAUGGUUAAGUUUAAUAUCUACUGUUUUUCUAAGAUUUUAUUAGCUUUGAUAUGAUAUUUUCUUGCUUAUCAGACACGUAAUAUUUGUAUGAAGAUGUAUGUAAAUAAAUAAACACUAUAUUUAAGGCACAGCUCUGUAAUAUUAGCAUUCUGCCACGGCUAUUUACUAAAACAGCUCCGAGGUAUAUCCACUAUAACCUGCAAGCUGAUAACAAACUUGCACAUUUUAACCCAAACGGAGUUAUGACCUAAAUUAUGUGCCCUUUAGGACUGAAGGUGGGGCUGCCCGUGGUUUGCUGGGAAACUGGUUAAUAAAUGAAAAAGCCCCUUUUCAACACACUCUUCAAAGGACAGCCUACAUUGUAAAUGAUCUCUGACUCGUCUUUUUUUCUAAACUGUGAAUUUCUUCAAUACCUGAUCUUUACAUUAAAGUAUAUAGGCUUUCAGAAUGCACAAUGUUUCCUUUGGCAUAUGGUAGCUUGGCGUGAGUGAAUUAAUGGAGAAAUAAGUACAUACUCAGAAUAUAUAUAUAUUUAUAUAUAUAUAUAGGACUUCUGAGGUAGCCAGAACACUCGAGGUCUACUUCCUACAUCUUGUCAGACUACAUCUCUUAUAAAUCUCAAUCUCUGCUCUGGUCAUAGCUUUUAGAGAAUUAUGGGAAUUGUAGUCCAAAGUCAGUUGGGUUGAUACCCCUGGUCACGUAGACUCCAAAAUGUGGGAUAUUAAGGAUUUCUCCUACUCUAGAUCUGUUGGCAUUUAACUACAUUUGUGCUGCUGCAAGGAUGAAAGGCAAUUUUAUUAACAAGAUAUCAUCAUUUUCCCCUUAUUUAAAACAUUUUUUUUUUUUUUAAAGUUAUAGAUUUAUAUGAGAGUUUUUCAGAUUUUACACAAAGUCCCUAAAGCAGGCCAUCAAAUUUUGACAAUCUAUAAUCCAUAUCCCUGUUUUGUUUGGUAGAACAUCCUGUCACCUGUAUUAACACUUAAAGAGACACUCCGGGACCUCAUGCAUGUUGCUGUACUCAUAAAGCAUAGUUUAAGGGAUAAGCUCAGGAGUGCUACACAAAGUUAAGUGAGCAGCAAUCACUUCCUGAUUUGUUGACGGAUCUCUCCUAACCAGCAAAUUCAGAUGUAUCAUUUCAUUUUUUUGUUUUUAAUUUUUCAGUACACUAUUUAUAGAAUACAUUAAAAAAGAAUAGUCAGAAGUCUGGAGUGUCCCUUUAAUUUCCAUUUUCAGCUGAUAGAAAUUUUUAGAGAAUUUUAACUGAUUACACAUCUCAUGUAUAGCAGGUCCUACAAGUAAUCUACUACACACGGCCAUGACAAAGACUGUUUUCAUAUCAACUUACAAAUCUUAGUUAAAGAAAGCACCAAAUGUUUGAUACAGAGAAUUUUUAAGAUAUCUUUGUAAGUGUACAUAUAUAUAUAUACAUAUAUACAUUUCUUGUUUGUGUCAGAACUCACAGAUAUGUGUGCAAUCUACUUUUUGCCGUGAAAAGAGGGAAAAAAAUGUCUAGGUCAGUGUGCGCUAGCAAUUGUCAUUUUUGUUUUUUUUUAAAAAAGCAUUAAUGCUGUGAUACAUAUUUGUAUAUCUAUGCUUGUUUGCUUUUGCAAAGCGUGUGAAAAGAGACAGCGUGUAUACAGGUUAUUAAGUAUAUAAAUGUGUGUGUGCGUGUACCUUGCAAACAUUGAAGGAAGAUGUCACUUUUUAGAAGCAUAGUUCGCCAUGGUAAAAUUUGAAGGGGGUUAAAUGGGAGCUACGUCUGAGGAGUUAAUUUUCACCCUUACCUGUUUACUGGUAAUUCUGUGUACAAUUAUACAUUAUUAAGUUUUUUAGAUUUUUGCAUAUAUAUAUAUAAAUUGAAGGAGAGUAAACUUGUUCAGAUUAGGUAUACGUUUAAACCGGGAUACAAUAUGCUGGCGUUUCCACAUAGCGUUCCGUUAUUUAUGGGGUUGGACGCUAUGCAAUAUGUGUGGCACAGUAAUCUUGCACUUGCUCCCUUGUUGUUUGUUGUAAUUAUUUAGUACUUAACAGUUUGCGGAAUUGUAUAUGUGCCUGCUAUUUACAAAAUAACUUUGGAGUGUUUUAAUGCUUUGUUCAAGAAGUUAUAGUCAUUUUGUUGCCGUAGUACGGCACACAAUGAAGUUGAUUCACUAUACUCUGAAAAAUCCAAAGGGCAGAAUUUAUACAAAAAUAAACAAAUUGUGACUAAAGCAGAAAUUAACAAUUUAUCUAAUUCAGGUACGGGUUUCAAUUUAUUACAAUUCAGAGUUUAUGGUCUAACUCUAAAUCCCGCUGUCUCGCAUUAGUGUAAAUAAAUAUUUAUACUAGUAAGAUCUGUCAAGUUUACAGGGCAGAUUAAGAGAAAUUUUUUUACCUAAAUUAUGGUAAAAAAAAAAAAAAAAGUUCUUAAAAAAAAAAUAAUAAUUAAAAAGCAGAAUUAUUAACUAAAUGACUCUUGUACUACUACAUAUUCUAUCAAGAGAAAUUGUACUAUAUAUUUGUAAAAAAAAAAAAUAAUAAAAUAAAGGAAGAUUGUUUAUUUGUCAUAUGUAAUAUAAUCCUAUAAUCCUUUUGUCCGAUUCAUAUCUGCUGCUCAACGAGUAAAACCUGAAAUAUCAUCAGACAAUAAAUGUAGUUUAGUAAAUCAUUAAAAUCCUACAAAACGUGAUAAUGGUGUUUAAUAGUAACAUCAACGUUGACACAAAAAAAGAAAGUAUUUUGCAAAUUGAAUUUGCCUCUAAAACGGCAUUGCAUAUAUAAAUGUAUAUUUUAAAGUUUGCAAAUAUUUUUCAGUAAAAGUUCACGGUUAUUGCUAGAUUUAUAUUCUGUCCAAUAGAGCUGUGAUUGUAUCCAGUUACGAGGGAUGUUUUUUAAAUGGCAAGAAACAAAAUGGCUUCUUUGAAAUGGUGCUGCAUUAGAUUAGCAAAAUGUCCUGUAAGAUCUGUUUAAAUUGUCAUCAUUAGAGAUAGUUGCAUACACUGUUGCAUGGGUAGACAGCUUUCUGCAAUCCAGACUGGACUGCAUUGACCAUCAUUCUCAGCCAGUUCUCAGCAGUGCGUCCUACAAAGGAUGAUCACUUUUGCUGCGUAUAAAAAAAUCCUUUGCUCUAAUUACAGUAAUCUGGCUGUAUAUGUGCAAAACGGCUUAGACAGGGUUUGCCCAUUUUUUAAAAAUAUUUUUUACAGUGAUGUGUAAGCUCAGCUCUCCCGGAUCGAGAGUUUCCUUUUAAGAUGGAGAGACAAGCAAUUAGGAGUAUGCAUCUAUUUUAGUUUCCUGGUGCCAAAUGUCCUCAUUGAUCGGGGAACGCAAUACCUAAUCUCUACUGAAGUGUUUAUAUAGAAAUACGACUUGUUUUUAAUCCUAUGUAGAAUGUCAUGUGUGUUUUUAGAGUCAUAGUACCCAAAACAGACUAAAUGAAAAUGUCAAGACCUCUCAGAGGCAACAGUGAAUUCAAAUUUGUUUUAUUAGCAUAAAGACAAUGCUUUUAUAUUAACUUGUAUAAAUUUGGGAGACAUUUUAUUAAAAAAUGUAAUGAUCUUUAGCAAACCUCCCUGUUCGGGUUUCUAUUAGAUGUGUUCAAUGAAUUCUCAGGAAAAAUGUAUAAUAUUUUGUGUGUGUAUAGAUGUAUAUAACAUGCGUAAGUAAACCGUUUGGAACUUGUAUUUUUAGUAAAAUUUCAGAACAAAACCUGUGGCAAUAAAGUUUAUUCAAAUGAUUUCUCUGCAUCUCCCUGUGUUUCUAUCAAACUGAUGUUAAUGUCCUGCAGCGUUUGCACUUCAGAUGUUGUAGACUACAUCUCCCAUAAUGCAUCAGGGGAGAUGUAGUUCAGAACAUCUGGAGUGCGGCAGGUUGCCUGUGCCUGCUAGGCCACGCUCUGGAGUCAGUAGGUUUCUUGUUAUUUUUCGGUAGUAUGGCUUUAAUGAUGUGCAAAGUACGUUUAUGAUGUAUGCAUUACAUAUUUUAAUGCUUUGGUAUUCUAGAUUCACAAUGCAAUACAAUGAAAAAAUGGCAGUUUUGCAAUAGUAAAAAUAUUGCAUUUAUGUAAUCGUGCCAAUCGGCUAUCCAAAUGGUGUAGUGUUUCUCCAGGAGGUAUAAAAACUUUGGGAUUAUUUUAUGCAACAUGCAGAUGAUCCGAUUACCCAUUUUACCAGAUACUAAAACUAUUUUCUGGAAAAUGGAAAAAAAUAAACAGCUGUCAGGGUUAUUCAAUAAACUGUGAAUUUUUAGGAAUUCAAAGUGAUUUAAAAACAUUUUUUAAAUCCAAUUCAGCUAACUUCAGUUCAGAUCUGUAAUAUGCAUUUUAUUGAAUAAUCUUUUGUCGGGUUUCGUUAUGUACCCAUUUUGCCCCAGUUAAUAGUUAUAGCUAAUAGAUACAAUAAGAGAGAAGACUUGGAAUAUAAAAUCUAGAGAGAAUGAUGCUCUCCCCAAUUGGUUUGUAUGUAUGUAUAUAUUCUACAGAGGAAGAAAAUAGUUCUAAUAAUGAAGUUUAAAGGGGAACUAUCAGACUUGCAACAGUUCUCGACCCUGGAUUAUUCGCUGAACUAAAGUGUUGAUUGGUUGGAUUUAAAAGUGAAUUUCAAAUUGUUGGACAAAGUAGUUGAAUUCAAAACAUUUGAAGUGACCUACGUCUUCAGUUUAAAUAUUUUAUCCUUAACGUUUGAAAUACUCUUUGAAUUUUAGACAGUUCAUUCUUUAGUAAAAAACCCAGAGAUUUGUAAUUACACACAGAAAGAAAAUGUGCAGACUGUGACCUUACGAACACUCAGAACCCUUGUAGACUUACUAGAACGCAGAGCUACACCUUUGAUUUCCCAUGGUUCCUUGCGUACAGAGACGCCAAAUCCAUGUCAUAUGAUUUCAUGUGAGCAUUAUACAUUUGGGACUUCAAGAGAAAAAAAUCAGAGGCCUAUUGCAGGGGAAAUUUUCCCUGCCGGACCUGGGGAAGUAGUAUCUCACAAACGGAGCACUACUACUAUAGUUCCCAAAUGCACCAAAUGUUUCUAGGUACAUAUUACAUUUACUAGGUAAUGGGUGCCACAUGAAAAAUGCUACCUGUAGUAUGUAGGAUUCGUAUUCUGCAGUUGGGAAGGCAGUUAAUUCAUCAAGAUAACUCCUUGAUAAACUGUUUUCUUCCCUGGAUCAUAAGACGUCUCACGUAUUGUGUGGGAGCACUUUUUAUGUACCACUCCUUAGUUUGUAGGUGGUAUUUUAAGUUUUGUUGUUUUUUUUUGGCGUGAAGAAAAUCUCUUUAAUUUCCAAGAGCCUUUCUGGAAUUCCUACUCUACAUUUAAGAUAAUCUAAAUCAGAUAGCAUGUUAAUGUAAUGCAUGGGGCGAAUCAGCAGAUUUAUUUUCCAUUAAUAAACCCUAAAAUAUGAAGCGACUGCAAAAAUAACCAUAGAAAUGAUUAUAGGCUAAGUAAUUAGGACGAUUUUUAAAGUGUUAACUUUAAUUUUAAUAUGUAGAUUUGCCGUUUACACCUCUUGCUUUUAGCACAAAUCAUUAUUUUUUUGAAUGACUGACUUUUAAUGACAUGCAUUUUCUGGCAUGGAAAAUUAUCAGGAGGGCAUAACGUAGAUUUAAAUAUAUACAUAUAUUUUACAUAUAUUGCAUUCAUGUUUGUUUCGUUGUUUUUUGUUUUUUUUAGUUAAGUGUUUGUGGGUUUUUUUUAUUUUUUUGCCUUUCCUUUGUGUAAUAUAAUUACCCCUUGACCCUAUAUAUAUGGUGCUAAAUACUCCUUGCAAAGAUCCUUUAAUUAUUUUAAAUACUGUGAUUAAUUCUUUUAUUUAAUUUUCAUACUUCAAUAGACCAGCAGUUUCUCGUUAUGGCAAAAGAAAUCUACAUAAAGUGCUUUUUUAAAGAAUACAGAGAAUAGUAAACAUAAAAUAUAGUUCAUUUUUACAUUGGUAUUGUAUGUAUUUGAAAUAUAAAUUGAUAUAUGUAUAUAGUCAAUCCUAUUUUCCAGGUGUGGUUAUUAAUGGGGAUUGAUUUCCUUAUGUAAAUAAUUAAGUUUGAAGAAUUGUUUAAAGCAUGAAUGUGAAAAAUAACAAAUGUACCUUUUAUGUAUUUCAAUAAAUUUAAUUUUUUUUACACAAAAUAAAUAUGUAAAUAUAUUUCUUCCG